GCUCUCUCCCUUUCUCUCGGUGUAGGCAUUUCGGACCAAACCGAAAAUCAGAAUUAGCCAUUCGAAAGUACGCUUUUGGAAACUGAAAAUAGACAAAGAAUGAAAUGAGAAAGAAAUAGACAAAAAAAUUGGAGCAUGGUUCUGUUGCCAUUUUUUUGCUCGUUAUCACUGAUAGCAGGAUGAACGAAAGAAGAAAAAAAAACAACAACGAUGUAUAUAUUAGAAAUAACCAGAGCCAGUGCAGAUGUCGGUCGGCUACACAAAGUGCAAGACUUUCAAACAUACACAGAAAAAAAGUAGUAGAACAAAAACAAACUAUCGAGAUAGAGAGAGAGAGAGAGAGAGAGAGAAGAGAAAGAAACAUUAAAAAUCCAACAACAAUAUUGAAUGCCGUGCAAUGUGUGAGAAAAUUGCUUGUAUCACGGCAUUGUGAAAGGGAAUGCAUGCACUUGUUGUAAAAAUUGUUAUGAAUUUGUGCAUUCAACUUUGAAAUAUCAUGUGCAAUAUACACAAACAAACACUCACAGCACAUCGCUGUGCAUGCAUACAUUCGACCCCCCGAUAAAAUAUACACAUUCAUCGCGCCGCGUCUAACAGCGCGCAAAUACUCGUUUUGCUUCUGCUCUCUCAUCAUCCACAACCAGAACCGGAGAGCGAGCGAGCGAGAGCGAGAGAGAGAGAGAGAGAGAGAGUAAUCGAGUGAAUAAUAAAAGCGACCGAAGAAAGAGGGAAAAUAAGUAACAAUUGCAUCAAUAAAUAACACAACGUCAAACAAAACAACACAUACACGUACACAAAAUAAAAACACGGAAAUAUUGUGGUAUUAAAUUCGGUCUUCAAGUUUAUAAUUAAGUAGUAAAUUAUUUGCUAAUGAUUUUACUGUGAUUUUUCAAAUGGUAAAUUGUUGUUAGAACGAAUUAUAAUCGUAUCACAAACAUGUUUUGGGAAGUGAAUUCAUAUUCAAAAAGCAUUGACACUUUACUAAACAAAGAGGACAUAACGCUCAGAGAGCUUUUAGACGAUGAGGACAUUCUGCAGGAUUACAAAGAUCAGAACAAAAAUUUAACCCAAUAUUUGCAUCGAGCCGAAAUCAUAGAUGAAUUGGUGUCAAUGAUUACAACAGAGCCACCGGCUGAUGUUGCUGACAAUGUACGCUUCAAGUAUUCGAACAUUGCAUGCGAAAUUCUAACCAGCGAAGUGCCAGUUUUGAUUGAACGGCUCGUCAGCAGUCGUUCGACAUUGGAAAAACUAUAUGCCUUUUUGGAACGCGAUCCACCAUUAAAUCCACUGCUCACAUCAUUCUGCAGUAAAACAUUCGGUAUGCUGUUAUCAAAGAAAUCGGACCAGGAUUGGUUUUCAUACCAAUGUGUUUGUCUUCAAAUGCUUGAAUUCAUUAAAUCACGUCCGGGCUUCUUGAACACAAUUUAUAAGCAUAUGAGUGCGCCAGUUGUUGUCGAUUUAUUGUAUCAAAUAAUCACCUCGAUCGAAGGCGACGAACUCCGUAAUUCUUUAUUUCAAUGGCUCAGCGAACAGCAAUUGGUAUGCAAUUUGAUUGGGAUGCUUGGUAACGAAGCCGAUGCGGACAAACAUCAAAAUAUUGCCAAUUUAUUGUGUGAACUGAUCGCAACCGGACGAAGUGCACGACAAAAUGAGAUACAGAAACGCGGUUAUGGUUAUGUUGACAGUGCCACAGAUUCAAAUGAUCCACUCAUACAUAUACUGGAAGAUGAAUCGACCACGGAUUUACUGCUAGACUUAAUUUUAUCGAACAAAACUGAAAGUGCCGUUGUUUCCGGCAUCACCAUCAUUCUGAAAUUAUUGGAAAAUCCAAUAAUCAAUGAACCAGCAUCGGACACAGCUUUACAAUAUUUGGCCGAUGCGGAAAAAGAACAUCACAAAAAGAUUAUCGCCAACAUUGUGCAACAGAUUAAGCCACGUGUCAAAGAGCUACAUGAACUACUUGUGAACCCACCACCAAAAACUGAGAUCAAGAAUACAGCAACACUGUUGUCACCGCCAUUCGGCAGCACAAGGUUGCACAUUUGUACAUUGUUAUCAGUAUUAAUUGAAACGGGAAAUCAAGAUAUUAUCGACGCAAUUUGCGAAACGGACUUUUUUAAUGUUUUGCUCGACCUUUUUAAGCAAUACUGUUGGAACAAUAUUUUGCAUAGUCAAGUAAAGAAAUGUUUUUCGUACGCAUUUAGUGCAUUUGUGCAUAGUGAUGAUAACACGUGCACACCUUCUGCCUUACAAACUCAUAUUUUAGUAAAGUGUAACGUUGCAUCUAAGUUAAUCGAUUGCUGGAAGCACAACGAUGAAUCACAAUCAAAAGGGAAUGGCCGUCGGCUUGGUUACAUGGGCCACCUAAUUUAUAUGUUUGAUUCAUUAAAUUUAUUAGUAUUGGUGUCGCACCAAUUUCGUGCCUUAGUUGAAUCAAAUUUAACUGAAGACGAACUCGCGUAUUGGAAAUUAGUGACCGAUCCGACAAAUGGUUAUUUGGUGUCGGCGCUCAAGCAGCAAAAAUCCUAUUUGGGCGGCAUUGAUCCGAAUCAAAGUGAUUCGUACGAUGCGAGCACAUCGAAAGAUUUUCAAGAUGAAAGUUUUACCGGCGAUUACUAUAAUGACAUUGAAUCAAAUUCGCAUAAUAUUGUCGAUGAUAUCAAUGAUACGGCAUCGCGUCUGUUUGAGGCCACAUGCAGCAUGCGAAAUCUCAGCACAUUUGAUAUACGAGACUCGGACAUCAAGUACAAUUUCGAUGAACUGAUGAAUGAGUUUCGUGACGAUAUCAGUGACAAUAAUAUAUUUGGCAAUAGUAGCCAAACAUUUCCCAGCAGUAGCAAUUUGAGUGAUUCGCUAUUACCAAAAAAUGAGACCGAUUGGGCCGAUUUCGAUUCGCAUUUCAGCGAUUUUCAGCUAAGCGACAACAAUGCAUUUCCGCCACUUGAACAAAACCACAGCAAUCGAAAUGAGGAAUCGUCGUCAUCGCCAUCGUCGUCGGCCAACAGUUUGCCCGGCAACAAGUUCUUAUGGAACAAAGACAGCGAUACAAAUUCAGCGUCAGCAGACUCGUCACCAGUUCGAGCACAGAACACCAAGGAUAUCAAACGAUGGGCUUCGGUCGUCAGUGAUAUCGAUGCGGUUCAAAUCACAGAUGUGUUGAAUGCGGAAAAAAUGACGGACGAGACAAAUGCAUCUUUACAAAAUGCCAACACGAUCAGCUACACAGCAAUGUCGCCGAGUGAACAAAUCGAUAAUGCCGAACUGCAGGAAAAGGAAAAUGUAAGCAUUGGUGGCCUUGACGCCAAUGAGAAUGACAAUGAAACGAAACCAGACGAUGGCACAAAUGCGGUUUCAUCACCUGAAAUCGAAAAAACAACACCGGUCGAAGCAGAUCUUAACAAUGGGCCAUUCACCGAUGAAUCGAAUUCCAAGGAGACCAUCGAUAAUAAAAAUGUUCAUACUUCCAAUGAAAACAAUGAAAAUUCAACGGUGAUCAAUGAUUUAAAUGUAUCAGACUCAGAUGCCAACCUAACAUCAUCGUCAGAUUCGUCGUCACCCACAGAACAAUCAACCGAUAUAAUUAGCGAUGUAUAAAAGAUACUGCAUAUGAUAAGCCUUUUAUUUGUCAUACAUAAAGUUACGGCAGCUGAUUUGUUAUCUUUUGUAAGAUUUAAACCACUUGAUUGAAGAAGACAGCACCCAGCAACAACAAAAUUAGAAGGGACAAAAAUAAACCCGAAAUCAUGAAGAUACGUAGUGAGAAUGAAAGAAAGAAAAAAAAAAUGAGAAAAAAAAUCAAAUCUCGACUCGAGAGUAAAUUCAAUGACCAAAAUUAGUGUGUUGAAGUUGUUGUAAUACACACAUAUUGUAAUUUUUCGGACUCUUUUUUUAUACGCUCAAAAAAAAAACACUACCCGGUAGAAAAAGCAAAAACGACCAAAAGAUGAUAUAAAAACUAGAAUCACAACCACUUCAACACGAAAUCACGUGAGAGAAAAAAAAACACAUACAAAAAGUAUUGUAAUCGUUUUUAUUGAUGAAUAACAACAAAUAAAAAAAAUGUAAUUUGAAUUAAUUUGACAACAGACACAAAAUGAAACGCAUACACAAUUAGGGUCAGACUUAAUUUUAGUGAAUUAAAUUGUUAGAAUUUAUUUAAUAGAUGAACGAAACAAAAAAAAAAUGAAACAACCAACCAACACACAUGGGAAGGGAGUGAAAUAUGUGACAUCAACAUGUACAUGUGUGUGUGUGUGUGUGUGCACAUUUCAAUUGGAAUGAAUGAAUUUUUUUGUAAAUAAAUACACCUGUGUAUUGUAAAGAAAUGGAAAAAAAAUUAUAUGAAAAGUGUAAGCUGCGAAAAGCGAUUAGCACACGCAAAGCGCCAAUAAAAAAAAAUACUUUAUACAAAAA